AUGCGUGCCAAUCGAAGUUGGAUGAAGGCGCAUCGGCGCUCUGCAGAGUUUCAAAGUGGCGUUGACGAGUUCGUUGCGGUAACAACGAACCACGUGAACACUGACGGAUUAGCUCGAUGCCCAUGCAUGCGGUGUUUGAAUGUGAAUUUCCACACACCUGCAACUAUAAGGGUUCAUUUAUUUCUCAGCGGGAUCCAACCUUCGUACAACCCCUGGUAUUUCCACGGGGAGACUUUCUCUCAGCCCGCAAUUGAACUUCCUGAAAAUGACGAAGAGGAAAUGGCAGAUGUGUUGGCGGACAUGUUAAGAGGGGACCCUGGGUUUGACGAAUCUGCUAACACUACUGAUUCUUUCAAUGAACCCCCUAUCAACGACAACAACAAGUUUGAUGACUUGUUUAAGGAGAUGGAGGCUGAGUUAUAUCCAGGUUGCAAAAAAUCAGCCCUAAAUGCACUGGUAAAGCUUAUGCACUGCAAGGUUUUGAAUAGGUGGAGCAACCACUCUUUCGAUAUGUUGCUGUCCAUCUUGAUUGAUCUAUUUCCAGAAGGGACAAAAUUACCGAAGUCGCAUUAUGAGUCGAAUAUGCGAUUGCGCAAUCUAGGUUUGGGUUACGACUCAAUAGAUGUGUGCAAGUAUAAUUGUGCUAUUUUCUGGAAGGAGAAUGAGAAGAAGGAGUUUUGCCCUGUAUGUGGCGAAUCACGAUGGGUGAAAAGAAAGGGUAAGGGGAAAAAAGUUCCUCACAAAGUUAUGCGUUACUUCCCACUCACACCUAGACUAAAACGAUUAUAUUUCUCAAGACACACUGCGGAGGAUAUGCGGUGGCAUUACUCGCAGAGACCAAAAGAAGACGGUGUGCUUAGGCAUCCUGCGGAUGCUGAAGAAUGGAAGCAGUUUGACCGCCUUCAUCCAUCUUUUGCUGUUGAACCUAGAAAUGUCGGUCCAUCAUCUCCUGGGAAAGACAUAGAUGUAUUCAUGAGGCCGUUAAUUGAUGAACUGAAACAGUUGUUGGAGACGGGUGUUGAAACCCGAGAUGCCUACAACGGAACUGUGUUUUCAAUGCGUGCGGCAGUGUUGUGGACAAUAAAUGACUUUCCUGCUUAUGCUCUAAUGUCUGGUUGGAGCACAAAAGGGUAUAUGGCGUGUCCCACUUGCAAUGAACAUACUCCUUCCAUUGGCCUAAAUAGUAAGAUUGGAUAUGUUGGCCACAGACGCUUUCUCGAAAUGAGUGAUCCGAGAAGGAGAAGCAAAAAGUACAAUGGUAAGCCUGAGAAGAGAGCACCACCUCCUGUAUUGAUGGGGGAUGAUAUUUUAACUCAAUUAGACCGAAUUCCAUUGACUUUGCCUGGAAAACACAAACAGUUCGGGGGUGUGAAACGGAAGCGUUCUAGUGAAGAGCUCAAUUGGUCUAAAAAAAGUAUUUUUUUUGAGCUUGAGUACUGGAAGUCAAAGUCCUUACGACAUAAUCUUGAUGUAAUGCACAUUGAGAAAAAUGUGUGUGACAGUUUAGUAGGUACUCUUCUAAGUAUCGACGAGAAGUCAAAGGAUACCGACAAGGCGAGAAUGGAUUUGCAAGACUUGCAAAUACGACGAGAGUUGUGGUUGUAUGAAGACCGGAAUGGGAAGUGGAAGAAGCCUCCAGCUAGUUACACACUUAGUGUUCAAGAACGGAUUGAAUUUGCAGACUUCAUAAAGUCUGUACGAUUUCCGGACGGUUUUGCAGCAAACUUAGACAAAAAUGUAAAUUUGGAUACGGGCAAGAUUUCCGGGCUCAAAUCACAUGAUUGUCAUGUGUUGUUACAACGUUUACUACUGGCAGGUAUCCGUAAUUUCUUGAGAAAAGAAAUCCGGGACACAAUCAUUGAGCUGUGUGUGUAUUUCAAACAAUUAUGCUCAAGAACACUUCAUGUUUCGGAUUUAGAAAAAAUGCAAAUAAAUAUUCUAACUAUUUUGUGCAAGUUAGAAACAAUUUUUCCACCGGCUUUCUUUGACAUAAUGGUUCACGUAGUUAUGCAUCUCCCUCAAGAAGCUAUACUAGGUGGACCAGUGCAGUACAGGUGGAUGUAUCCCAUUGAACGGUGA